UCCGGCGAUCGGCCCUACACCACUAGAGCAAACCGCUGGGAUCAGACUGGCCCGCUGCCGAGGCCCCGCCUCUCGGACCUCAGGACUAAUCGGAUUGAAAGCGCGCCGGCCCCGGGCCCCGAACUCGCCAAUUGAGGAGGAAGGCGGUCACCGCCCAAUCCGGGGCAGACAGGUGCGAGGUCCAGAAGGUGGCGGCCAAUCGGCAGCGGUUGCGGCCUGCGGGGGCAGGGCUCAGCCAAUGAGGAGGCUCGAGUGACAGCGGGGCGCGCCAAUCGAGAGUAAGGAGCGGCCGUGCUCGCCCGCCCUUCCGGCCGAAGCUCUAUUUACCAGGGGCGUGCAGCUCGCUUGCCAAUCAGAGUGCGCCGGAGCGGCCGGACAGCCAACCCCAGAGGAGCGGCCGGCUGGCGGCCGCCGGACCCAGGAGUUGGGAUGUCCUACAAACCUAUCGCACCCGCCCCCAGCAGUACCCCGGGCUCCAGCACCCCUGGACCAGGCACCCCGGUCCCUACAGCCGGAAGUGUCCCAUCGCCGUCGGGCUCAGUGCCAGGAGCAGCAGCACCUUUCAGGCCACUGUUUAAUGACUUUGGACCGCCCUCCAUGGGGUAUGUACAGGCGAUGAAGCCACCCGGUUCCCAGGGCUCUCAGAGCACCUACACGGACCUGCUGUCUGUCAUAGAGGAGAUGGGCAAAGAGAUCCGGCCCACCUAUGCUGGUAGCAAGAGUGCCAUGGAGCGCCUGAAGCGAGGCAUCAUCCACGCUCGCGCACUCGUCAGAGAGUGCUUGGCAGAGACAGAACGCAACGCCCGCACGUAACAGGAAGCACCUUGGCCUCUUCGUCGGGACCUUUCCGGCCGCGGCAGAGCACCUGCUUCUCCCUGGCCUUCGC